AUGGGAGAAAAUACUCCGAAAGGGAUUCUCACCGAUCAAUGUGCAUCGAUGCAAAGGGCUAUCGAGGCUUGUAUGCCCACAACAAUUCACCGUUGGUGUAUUUGGCACAUGAUGAAGAAGAUUCUAGGCAAAUUAAAUGGCUACAAGCGACACAUAGAAAUCGAACAAGAAAUGAGUCACGUUGUUUGGAACUCUCAUACCAAAGAAUCAUUUGAUAGGAAUUGGGAUGAUUUUCUGCUGAAGUAUGGUCUUGUGGAUAACAAGUGGCUUUCAGAUCUUUAUGAAGACUGUCAUAUAUGGAACAACUCACUUAUCCAAUUUGUCAAACAAUACGAUAAUUGCCUCGGAAGCAGGGAGCAAACAGAGAGAGAAUCGGAUGCUGCAGAUUUUCACACGGUCAUAUCGUAUGCAACAAAAUCCUCCAUAGAAGCUCAGUUUCAACAUGUGUACACUCACCAAAAGUUUAGGAAAGUCCAAGCACAAUUCAGAGGGAAGGCGAAUUGCAUCACAAGAUUAACGAACUCUGCUCUAGGCUAUUCAGUAUACGAAGUUGGAGAACAAGUUUUCAGCUCAAUAUUCAACAAAGUUUGCGGUUACUUACAACUCAGUAGCAGCCCAAGUGAAAUGCCAGUACUUAUUAUUCGAGUCAAGAGGGAUAUUGUGCCGUCACGCCCUAAGCUUGUUAAGCUUUGA